AUAGAAAGAUUUAAGAGUACGGUUAGAGAUGCUCUAACCCAUUCACCGAAAAACCUCUUCAGCAACCCCAAGGAAGUGAAGAAAGGGCUCAUGCAAUUUCCACAUCAAUGGCUUCUUGAUUAUCUGGUUCUAAAUCAAUUCCAAACUGCUAACUGCUAAGAGUUCAGAUUUAUGGGUUCUUCAAGAUUCAAUAAACCCAAUAAGAAAAAGGGGUUCUUUAUACAAUUUGGCUGAUUUUGGUAACCACUCGCUCAUUGCUCUGUUAAUCUUCCUCUCACGGGAAAUGAAUAAUGAGCUUGUAAAGUGUUCCCCAAUUGGGGUGUCUGUAAAAGCUGAGAGAACUUGAACAAAAAAAAUUUAAAAAAUUUAUUGUAGUAGAGGCCUAAGCAAAACUUUUGACGAAGUCGGGGCAGUGUGAAUGGAGUGUAAUAGAGAUGAAGCUGCACGGUCUAAAGCAAUUGCUGAGAGGAAGUUGAUCGAAAAAGAUUUUGCAGGGGCCAAAAAAUUUGCAAUGAAAGCCCAUAAUUUGUAUCCUUGUAUGGAUGGUAUUUCCCAGUUGUUGGCAACAAUUGAUGUCUAUGUUUUUUCGGAAAAGAAACUGAAUGGGGAAGCAGAUUGGUAUGGGGUACUUGGUGUGAAUCCUCGAGAUAGCGAAGAUGUUGUGCGAAAAAAGUACAGGAAGUUGGUUCUCACGCUUCAUCCUGAUAAAAACAAAGCACAAGGAGCUGAUGGGGCAUUUAUUCUUGUUUCUGAAGCUUGGGAUGUGUUGUCAGAUAAAACCAAGAGAUCAGCAUAUGACAAGAAGAUCUUCCAACCUCAGUGUGGUGGUUCAUGGAUACCACCAGCACCCAAUAGUUUUUACAAUUCUAAGAAUGGUUCAAAUAUACCCAAGGAUAGUAGUAAUGCUCCUGUGGAUAAACAGAAACCAGUUCCUACUGAAUCUCCAUUUGGUAAAGAGAAACCUACUGCUCAUCCACCCCAUAAAUGCACAUCAACUCGUAAACAAAAACCAUCAACUGUCCCACCACCUGGUAAAAAGGCUUCAUAUACUAAAGAGAAGCAACCAACUGUUCCUCCACUUCGUAAACAUGCUUCAUCCAGUGAAGAGAAGCCGGCUACUGUUCCCCCUCCUCAUAAAGCUGAACCUGGUGUAGCUUAUCCUUCAUCUAAUAUACCAAAACCAGAUUCUGUAUCAUCUCAUAAAGGGAUACCACCAUCAGUUUCCUCGCCUCAUAAACACAAACCAAGUACAAUACCUAAUUCAUCUUGCAAAAAUCCAGCUGUUACUCUGUCAUCUCAUAGAGAGAGGCGACAAACUGUCCUUCCAACUCAUAAAUAUAAUUCAAGCACAAAAACAGUCCAUGUUUCGUCUUAUAAAAAAGAACGAAGUACAAUGCAUGCUCAUGAAGAGAAACCACGUGGAGAUCCUGUUACAUCUCCAAAACGGAAGAGGGUUCCUGGUACUCCUGAUCAAUCUAAAGAACCAAAACAAACUGCAGGCUUUCUGUCGAGAUGCAACGGAUGUAAGAUGCAAUUUGAGUAUCCCAGAAUUAACAUGAAACAAACUAUGAUUUGCCCCAACUGUGGUAAACUAGUCUAUCAUGUGAAAAAAGGUUGUUGAAGCCUUUCCAUCCAAGAUUCGAAGGUGAGAUUUACAAUCUUCGCUGAAGGAGUUGCCAACUCUAUCUCACUCUUACAUUUGUGAAUUCUGUUGAGCUCAAAGUGAUAUAUUAAGCUGGAGAGAAAGGUGAACUUGAUGUUUAUGUGAUUUCCCAAAUCCCAUAUCCACUAGUGGUACUCAACUUCUUUCUUGUAUGAGCUGUGUGCAGUGAAGAUGCUCUUGGGCUUUAUUUUGUUAAUAGUGUCCAUGAAUUGCUUGAUGUUAAC